AUGCUGCGCGUGCGGGAGUGCUUCCUUCCCUCCUCCGCCUCCUCCCCCCGCCAGUCUAACCCGCAUCUGUGCGCGACCUCUGCUGCCGCCGCUGCGCGAGCGAGCAAGACGGAAGCCUCGGCGGCGGCGGCGGCAGCACCCGGCUUCAGCGCCCCCCGCCUGCAGCCCGCGCGCUCCCUCCCCAGGAUCCCCCGAGCCGGCGGGAGUGGGGGUGGCUUGGGGGGGUACUGCAGCCGGCCGCGCGCCCCCGGGGAGGCUCCCGCGCGCCCGCUACCUGAGCUCGCGAGCGCGCGGCGGAGGCGCGGAAAGGGGGAGGGGCGGAGACGGCGCGAGGGACGCGCGGCCGGGUGCUCGCGCUGGCGGCCGCGCGCCUCCACGAAUGGAGCCGGCGCCGCGGCGGGGGAGGGGGUCCGACGGAGGGCGGGGAGGGGGAAGGGGCCCGCCGCCGCCGCCGCGACCAAUGGGAAGCUGGCGCGCCUGCACCUGUCGGGGCGCGAGUCGCCAGGCAGUAGUUCUCGCUCGCUCGCUUUUUCUCACACACACAGAGGCCUGUCGCGUCUCUCUAGGAGCUGGACCGCGGCCAGCUGCCCAGAUGAUGCGCGAUCCACUGUGCCCGCCGCGGCCUCCGCACGGCCUCUGGUGGCCCCAGCGCGCUGCGCGGCGCGUGAGAGCGCCAGCUCCUUAGACUGCGGCCGUGGAGCCUUACACCCCACCCCACCCCCAUCCAUCUCCACGGAGGCUCUGCGUGUCUCCUCAGAGACGGAUCCAAGGGUGGAGUGGGUGUCCGCAGCGCCUCCUGGAGGCCGCGGGACGCUCACGCAGACACUGGGAGCGCUGGGAGGGAACACGGAGGGCUUCCGCCACUUCUCCCCGCGGCGCUACAGGAACCUCUGGGACACCUCGCCGCCGGCCUCAGAGAGCAGGUCCCCCAUGCGGCUGGAUGGGCCCGAAUCCAAACCGGCCUCGGGCCCCUGGGGCUGUACGUCGGAUUCGCGGAGUGAGGCGGCAGAGUCCCAGCUGCCUCCCGGGUGUUCGUUCACGCCACGGCCUCGCAGGCGCUGGUACAACACCUCGCCGCUGGAAAGCCGCAGCCUGACUCGCUUGACCCGGAGGCCCCCAGACCGCGUCCGGAAGCACCGAUUGGGCAGCCGGCGCCUAGAUGAAGCCUGGGGGGAGGACGGGACCAAGCCCAGUUCGGCCUGGCAGCAGCAGCUCCAUCUGCAACCCCAACAGACUCAGUCCUGCCAACGCUGUUCUUCCAUCCAGACAGAUUCGCCCCCGCGGUACCCCAGGGGAGCUUCCAAUCCCCCGAGUGUGGCUUCUGGGGUAGGAAAGGCACCGAGUGAAGACCAGUGGGCAGUGCCGAUCUGCAGCCACGUAGGUCGCUGGUCCUCUUCCUCUUUACACACAGACAAGUCCUCCGUGCCUUCCCAAGAGUUAAGGACCCAGUCGGCCUGUAUGUACACCCAGCAAAGAGACUGUAACGAUUUGAUGGAGUCCUUAGCCAGUCAGUAUCCCCAGCCCAUGGUCUCCAGCAAAGACCCGCAGAACCAGAUUCUCAAGUGCAAGCUGGAAGAGACGGUGAUGUCCUCGAGGGACCAGAAGAUCGUGUCCCUAGUGCUAAACCGGCUCCAGAAAGCCCAAAGAAUGCGGGAGCUGCAGCAGCAGGCGGCAGUCGCUUGGGAGGAGCUGAAGCGCUCAGACCAAAAGGUCCAGAUGACCCUGGAGAGAGAGCGCCGGCUGCUGCUGCGGCAGAGUCAAGAGCAGUGGCAGCAACGGAAGGAGCGCAAGAGUCGCCGGGGCCGCGAACAUCACUACCGGCGGCGGGACGGCCACUCGAAGAACGCGAUCCAGGAGGAGAGUUGGUGGGAGUCACAACUGCAGGACCCCGAGAACCAGCGUCUAGCGAGGAUGGAGAGGGCGCGCGUGGAGGCCGAGCACCGCAAGCAGUGCCAAGCUCAGCGCCUGCGAGAGCAGGAGAGGUUAUUGCAGAGCUUGCGGGAACUGAACAACCUGCAGCUGCGGAAGAGGCUGGAGGAGGCCUGUCACAAAAGGCAGUUGCACUCGAUGGAGACCAAGAAGGUCCAGGAGACCAAUCUGAGCUCCCUCGUCAAUUAUCAGGCCCGCAAGGUGCUCAUGGACUGCCAAGCCAAGGCCGAGGAGCUCCUCAGAAAGCUGUCGCGGGAGCAGAAUUCCAUGCGGUCCCAAGAGAUCCACCAGGGCCUGCUGAAGGGGCAGUACCGACAGCUGAAGGAGAAGGCCCAGAAGGAGGAAGAGCAGUUCCAACAGGUUAAGUGUCACGCCGUAGAGUCGGAGGAGCAGAGGCAGAUGCACAAGAGGAUAUUAAUGGAGCUAGCGGAGCAGAAGAGCCAGCAGGAUCGGAGUCACGCACACAGGACCCCCAGGGACAAGGCACAGCGCCUCCGGGAGCUCAACAUCCUGCGGGAGAAGAAUCAUCACAUUCUGAAGCUGAAAGCCGAAAAAGAGGAAAAGUGCCACAUUGAGGGCAUCAAGGAAGCCAUUAAGAAAAAGGAGCAGAAAAUGGAGCAGUUCUCCCGCGGGAAAGAUCCCACCUUGUCAGAGUUUCAGAAGGCCUCUCUCCCCUCCAGGAGAGAGAAUGGCAGAGGGCUUCCCAUCAGCUGCUUUGACCAGAGGACAUCAGAGGCCCAGCUGUGUGCCCAUCAGCCGAGAGAGGGCUAUUGAGAACUGAGGACAAAGAGCUUCAGCCCCAGCAGCCAGAGAGAGAUGUGGCCAAGC